GAGAGAGAAAUAUUGUAUCAUGAUAAUUGCAAAUGGUAGAGGGAGUCAAAGUCAUAAGACUACGUUUAUUUUUUUGUUGUUUGAUCAGAGUUGAAGAAUUAUCUUUCAAAAGGUUUUAAAAGAAUCAUCCUAAUAAGAAACUUCUGAAGCCUUUCCAAUAUCCUUUCUUAGAGAAGACUAAACCUGUGCACAGUAUUCCAGGUUUUUUUAUUGCAUCAAGCAUUAACAGAUGAAUUCUUGAUGUGAAUAAUUAAUUAAAACCAGCAAACCCUCUGUUUAAAAAUGUCUGAUGACCAUAGUGGAAACUUAAGUGAUGAUGAUGAAGAUUUUGAAAGUGAAGCUCAACUUUCAGAGCUUCAAGGAACUCUCAACAAAUGGACAAACUACAUACAUGGAUGGCAAUCAAGGUAUAUCGUCUUAAAGGAUGGCACACUCUCAUAUUAUAAGUCUGAAAAUGAUACUGGAUACGGGUGUCGGGGUGCCAUUAGUAUACACAAAGCCACUAUCAAACCACAUGAAUUCGAUGAAUGUAGGUUUGAUGUAAGUGUCCAUGACUGUGUGUGGUAUCUACGUACUGACUGUCCAGAAGAAAGAAAUCAUUGGGUAGAAAUCCUGGAGGCUUGUAAGGCAGAUUCAGCAUAUGGAAGUGAGAACAGCCUACGUCGCCAUGGUUCUGCCAUCUCUCUUGGUUCAGCUAAUCUUUCCACAGCCAGUGUAUCUUCUUUUAAGAAAGCAAGAGGUCUCAGGGUUAAACUUGCUGAAAUGGAGACAUUCAGAGACAUUUUGUGCCGACAAGUUGAUACUCUUCAAAGCUACUUUGAUGCCUGUGCUGACACUGUUACAGCAACAAAUGAUAAAGAAAAUGAUACUCACUUGGCUGAACUUGAAGACAUAGAAGACAAUGGAACAUCUCAAGAUCCACCUGUCAAUUCUGAAGACAGACUUUAUGAUUUACCAUCUAGUUCCUGUAGGUUUAAAGAUCAUACACACAUCCCUCACAUAACCAAAGAAUUAUUAUCUCAACAUGGGGCUCAUGCUGUAGAUUUUAAAGGAGAAGCUAUUACAUUCAAAGCUACAACAGCAGGAAUUCUUUCUACUCUCUCUCACUGUAUUGAUAUAAUGCAGCAACGGGAAGAAAACUGGAAGCGACGCUUGGAAAAGGAAAUAGAAAAAAGAAGGAAAUUAGAUGAGCUAUACAAACAAGCAGUCUCAGAUGCCAAGUCUCAACAACCAAUUGUGUUGGGUGGUCCAGAUUACGAGGAAGGUCCCCACAGUGUAAUUAAUGAAGAAGAAUUUUUUGAUGCAGUUGAUGCUGCUUUAGACAAACAUGAGCAGCAAGAAGAAGAGAGGAGACUUUCCAAGAAAAUAACAGCUGAUCUAGCCCAACCACCACCAUCUAUUCUUACAUGUCAACACAGAUUAUGGCCUGAGAUUGAGGCUAUUACUACAGAACAGCUGAGUUAUGCAAAGAUGGGUGUUGGGGAAGGUGGUUGGCAGUUGUUUGCAGAAGAUGGAGAAAUGAGAAUGUAUAAAAGAGAAUUAGAAGAAUGUGGUGUGGUAGUGGAUCCUCUGAAGGCAGUUCACACAGUGCAGGGUGUGACAGGACAUGAAGUGUGUCAUUAUUUCUUUAAUCCCGAUGUUCGGUUUGAGUGGGAGACAACACUUGAGUCAAUGAAAAUAAUUGAAGAGAUUGAUGCUAAUACAUUGAUAUUUCAUCAAGUUCACAAAAGAGUAUGGCCUGCCACUCAACGAGAUGCCUUGUUCUGGUCGCAUAUAAGACAAGUACCUAACAAUGAUGAUCAAGAUGCACAAGAUAUCUGGAUCGUUUGUAAUCAUUCCACAGAACAUGACGAUGUCCCGGUUGGAAAAUGUGUUCGAGUAUUUCUUACCAUUAGUUUAGUUUGUCAGACUUUUAUUGACCCACCUGCUGAAAAUGAGGAGAUAAAAAGGGAAAACUUAACCUGCAAGAUUAUUUACUGCUCAACCAUUAACCCUGGUGGUUGGGCUCCAGCCUCAGUCCUUCGUGCCGUCUAUAAGCGGGAGUACCCAAAAUUUCUGAAAAGGUUUACCCAAUAUGUUAAAGAUAUGACAGAAACCAAGCCUAUCAUGUUUUAAAUGAAAAUAUUUCCAUGUAAAAUUGGAGGAGGUGCUUUUUCUUAUAUAGCAGGUGGAUUGAUUUCAUUGUUUUAACAAAAGCUUUACUACUAUAUUUUGAACUGAAACUGGUGUAAUUAAUGUGCUCUAAAAUAAUUCAAAUAGUAAAGUUUUUGAAAAACUGUUUUUUGCCUUACCUCAUGAUUUGUAAAAAAAAAUAUAAUAAAAAUAAGAAUUAUAGUUAAUAUUUUGAUGUUAAAUGUGCCCAGAUAUUUAACUGAAAAAGAGACUGGCUUAGCCGGGAAUGGAAGAAAUUAUUAUGGCUAUUUUAUAAGCCAUUGUUACUCAUGAGACCAAAAAAAGGAAAAUGAUAAAAAAAAUCUCAUAUUUCCAUUCAUUGAUUCACAGAUUGAUGAUGUAAAUAGUUGCUUGUUCCAAAUAUUUCAGUAAUCUGCACAGUGGAGUUUGUACAGCAGCAUGAUGAAAUAAAACGUCUUGUUACUGA